CGAGUUGGGGGUGCUUUGAGAUUGUGUGGAGAACGGGUUGGGCGUUUUAUUGGUUUAGACACAGACGAAAAAAAGUUAAAUUUAUGAGUAAAUGUGCGCUGCAUUUGGAUAGUGCCUUAGAACCGAUCUACAGUGCAGCGUAAAGGUCAAUUGAUUUGAUUAGAUUCUGCCUCUGGUGGGCCGUUCAUAGACCUGGUGAACUACUCAGUGCCGAGGUAACGAUAUGAAUAUUUCAACUGAGCAGUUGAACUGAAAUCACUGUGCACUAUCGAACCGAGAUUCUCCAAAACAGCCGUUUUCAUUAUGAAUGACUGUCCAUAAACGACCGACUGAGACGGCCACAACGAUGAUGACGACAAUGACGGACGACCCCAUACCUGGCAGGCUAUUCGCUACGAAUCGCACAGGUCAAGUCAAUGGAUAAACCCUCAACACGCCCGUGCCCGCACUCUCUGGCUUAGGUCUCGCUCGCAAUGUGCUCCAUUUCGUUGUUCGUUCAUUGAUGGAUGAGCCAUAGCCUUUGUUCUAACGUUCCUCGCUCGCGUCGUUCGCGCGCAGCUCAUUUAGGCGACCUGAGCUUACCGUCGCGUUGCGUUGUCGCUAACAAACCUCAUCCAGCAGUGUGCAGACCGUCGUUCCUCGCGUAAUGAUUGGCAACCGAACGGAGCGGACCCGUCUGUGUUGGUGACUUAAUUGCACGGUAUCGUGGGCUCUGUUGACAGUCUAAGCGCCGGCCGAAGUCAAAGCGCAAGCAGUAGGUACGGGAUCAGCAACCGGAGAACCUCGCCCGCAUGUGAAGGUGCUUUCAGUGUUUGAUCUUCGUUUGAUUAACCGGGAUAGUCGAUAAAAAAAUGCAUUCACGUGGUCGAAUCAAACCGCUGGCGAAGAUUUUCGUGCUGAUAGUGUUUGUGUUCGACGGUUCCGUUUCGGUGGGACUCGACCCACCUAACAGUACCUUUGUUGCUGACGGCAUUGGAAACGCGACUGGGUCAUCGAUAUUGCCGAAUGUGACGAGUUCCAGUGUAGGGUCGUUAACUGAAAAGCCGGCUUUAGUUACAACCACCGUAAUUACGACGACGACGUCUACGGAAGAAAUUACAACAGAACGCGUGAUGACGACCACCGCCAGUAUUACGACAGCCAGCCAAAGUUCUACCAGGAAAGAAGUGCUUAUCGAAAGCACUACAGCCAUCCCAGCACCGGAUGUCAGCAUACCCGCCAGUCAUGAUCAGUUGCCAAACUGCUCGGAAUUCGAGGUUUCUCCACAUCAACCACUUUACGACAAAGACUCGCACAUAAAAAAGUGCUGCCCCCAUGGGGAAAUAUUCGAAGACAUCGGUGGAGGUCGGCUACGGUGCACACCCGGCGAGCGCAAACUUGAUAUCGAAACCAUCUACGCCGUAUUCUAUGGCGAUGCGGAGUGUAUCGAGGACAAGGAGCACAAAAUCCACUUCGACUACGAACCGAGCAAUGCCUGUUACGCGAACAAUUUGACAUUUCAGUACAGCAAGGAUCAGGGCGACGAGAUGUUCGUCAUCCAGAACGGAUCGCUGCUGGUGGUCGCCCAGGGGCAGUUCAUGGCGGUGUUCGACAACUACUGCGUCGAGGUGGACGUUCGGGGGAAACUGUUAGCCAAGGCAUGCGACGAAGUGGAGCCGAUCGUGCUUCGGUCGACGGCCGUUUUGAUCUACGUUGGUCUGGCGAUUGCUUCGAUCGGACUGGUGCUAACGUCCGUUGCCUAUGCGUUCGUUCCUAAGCUGAACGAUGUGUUUGGAUAUUUGCUGGUGAGCCACGCGGGAUCGUUUUUGGUGGGGAUGAUCUUGAUAUCCCUGGCAGUUUGCGGGGACCGUUGCGUUCAGGGAGGUGAUACACUCGAGAUAUUCGGCCAUGUGUUCCUGAUAACGGCCGUUUAUGCCUUCGUUUUGAUGAACGUCCACAACUAUGUCUACUCUGCGUAUUAUCUUCCAAAUGGUUUAGAGUUCGAUACCAAAAACAAGUCCGAUGUGUUCUUUUUCCUAGCUGUAUCAUACACUAUUACUAUCAUUCCCAUGUUCCUGCCUUGGAAGAAUGCUCUCAUCUUCCACAUAGUCUUAUACAUAUUCUACGCAGUAAUAGCAGUAGUCUUGUAUCUCAGUCACCGUGCCAUACGAACGCUGGCGAACAGUAAAUUUAUCAGAUUUACUGUUUCGCACCAGAACUAUCAGGAGUUGACCUACACAGAAGCGGUAAACGCUCAACCUCGAAUCAAUCAGGAACGGUUGGAUGAAGUGCGUGGCACGAACCGCCUUUGUACGAUCGAAGCCAUCUACACCAUCAUCUGCUGGGUGGUGCUCAGUUUGAUGGAGCAACAGCUGGACAGCCAGUACGACAUCUUCCGGCUCGGGGCGGCCUUCGCCGUCAUCUUCCAGGGGAUGCUCAUCGGGGUGCUGUUCGUAGGGGGUAGCCAAAAGUGGACCAUUAUCCGAGAAUGCUGGAGCAAUUCCGGAUCAAUCGAUCUGCAUGCACUGGAGACGGAGCGAGAGAUGCGAACGAUGGAACGAAAGGCUGUGAUCGAGUCGUGAAAUGCGACGAUUGGGCGGAAGUAUGUUUGUGCGAUUGGGUGAACGAGAGGGCGAGAGCUUGUCGAAAGCGUAUUUAUUUAAUAUUUUAAGAAAAAGAUAUGCAUAAACGAUGUUUACCAGUUUUAACGGUACGCUUAUUUGAGUUUGCUUAGUUUAGAAAAGAAAAGAUUGUAUUAAUCUUGUUGCAGUAUUGAUCGACAUUGUCAUCCAGAAAUAAAAUGACUAGUUUAAACUAAUAUUUAAUGUUAACUAGGAAGCAUAUUGAAAUAAAGAAAUAAAAAU